UGGAGCGCCGCACGAUAGCGGCACACGCGGAGCCGCCGUUCAGCGCAGCAUGGAGGAGGCGGCGGCGGGUGAGGGCAAGGCGGGCCACGGCCGGAACGGCCAUGCCGAGGGCCCGGCGGCGGAGGAGCGGCAGGGCGGCGGGGCCCAGCUGCGGGGCUGCCGUGGGUUCCUGCGGCGGAACGCGCUGGUGCUGCUGACGGUGUCGGGGGUGGUGGCCGGCGUGGCGCUGGGGGCCGCCGUGCGCGGCGCGGCGCUGAGCCCGGCGCAGAUCUCCUACCUGGCCUUCCCCGGGGAGCUGCUGCUGCGGAUGCUGCGCAUGGUGAUCCUGCCGCUCGUCUUCUGCAGCCUGGUGUCGGGCGCCGCCAGCCUGGACACCCGUUCGCUCGGCCGCCUGGGUGGCAUCGCGCUCGCCUAUUUCCUGGGCACCACGCUGCUCGCCUCCGGCCUCGCCGUAGCCCUCGGCUUCAUCAUCCGUCCCGGCGCCGGUGCCUCCGCGCUCAACACCCAGCUGGGGCUGUCGGGCGCGCUGCCCCCCAGCAAGGAGACGGUGGACUCCUUCCUCGACCUCAUCAGAAACCUGUUUCCUGCAAAUCUUGUUGCUGCAGCUUUCGAAACGUAUGCGACAGACUAUAAGAUGCUGCUCAGGAACACUACCUCUGGAAAUGCCACAUGGGAAAAGAUCCCUGUCGGUACUGAGAUCAAAGGGAUGAACAUCCUGGGACUGGUGCUGUUUGCUCUGGUUUUAGGAGUGGCACUGAAAAAGCUUGGCCAGGAGGGGGAAGAUCUGAUUCGCUUCUUUAACUCAUUCAAUGAGGCAACAAUGGUCUUGGUUACCUGGAUAAUGUGGUAUGUACCUAUUGGCAUUAUGUUCCUUGUUGGGAGCAAGAUUGUGGAAAUGGAAGAUAUUGUGCUUCUGGUGACCAGUCUGGGAAAAUACAUCUUCGCCUCUAUCCUGGGCCAUGUCAUCCACGGAGGAAUCAUUCUGCCGCUUAUUUAUUUUGCAGCCACGCGGCAAAAUCCGUAUCGUUUUCUCUUAGGACUCAUCACACCACUUGCCACUGCCUUUGCCACUUGCUCCAGCUCAGCCACACUCCCGUCCAUGAUCAAGUGUAUUGAGGAGAACAACGGAGUUGACAAGAGGAUCAGCAGGUUUAUCCUUCCCAUUGGGGCCACUGUAAACAUGGAUGGUGCUGCUAUUUUCCAGUGCAUGGCAGCUGUGUUCAUUGCUCAGCUGAACAAUGUCGACCUCAACCCUGGGCAGAUCUUCACAAUUCUCGUGACGGCCACGGCGUCCAGCGUGGGAGCGGCUGGAGUCCCUGCCGGAGGCGUCCUCACCAUCGCCAUCAUCCUGGAGGCCAUCGGGCUGCCCACCAACGACCUGUCCCUCAUCCUGGCUGUGGACUGGAUCGUGGACCGAACCACCACAGUUGUCAAUGUGGAAGGGGAUGCCCUGGGAGCGGGCAUCCUUAAUUACCUGAACGAAAAAGACAAGAAAGAGAGAGAGCAGGAGCUAAAGGAAGUCACCGUAGAAGCAGUUGCAAACAGCAAGUCUGAAGCGGAAACGUCACCUUUGGUAACCCACAAAAACCCAGUCUCCAACACAAGCAGCACAGCAGACCCUGAAUCCAAGGAAUCAGUAUUGUGAACUCGAGGCCGCUCGUCAAGACCAGUCCUAGAAGUGGCCCAGGGACUUACCAACGCACCCAGACGUUUGCAGUGCGACCAGGGGCUGGAUGGCUCUUGGAAGUGCUCAGUUCCAGUCUGUUUUGAAAUAUGCUGGCCUGGGGAAGGGGAGGGAGGUGGGGUGGACAGAGAAGGGGUGCUGAGAAGGAACACUCGCUUUAUAAUAGUAUUUUGAUAGUUUGUGUGUGUACAUGUAUACGUGUUGCGCGUGCACACUUGUGUACAUGUAUGUGAGAACUGCCAUUGAGGCUUCUGGUGUAACAAGACUUCCAUUAGUGACGGCUCAGAUGGGUUGAAGGUAGGAAGGUAGACAUACCCAGUAUGUGCUUAUUGUAGGGAAAAAUUAGUAAGCUUAUUUUUGCUGCUGUUUGAAUGGAGAAGCAGUCUAGAAACUCCAGAGUGGGUAAAAAUGUUGCUUAAAUUUGUUUUCUAGCCUGGAAACACUGACCAUUACAGCCAUGAUAUGAAGCAACAUUUUUCUCCCACUCCCCUUCCUCUCAUGUUCUCCAAUCCAUUAAAAACAUUGAACAUGUCCUUAAAACCAGCUGUUUUCUAUUUUUAAUGUUUUUUUUUGUUGUUGUUUCAUACCUAAAUUAAUAGCUUAUAGAGAUCUGUUUCAUUCUCCCAUUUCAUUGCAGCUCAUAGCAGCUUUCCUACCUUUUGGUGAAUAACUCCCAAACUGUGGGACCAAACAGAGAUGUUCAUGCAGAUCAAGGAUUGGUUUCCUCCUUUCCUCUAACCAAGCUGUUAAGGAAAAAAUCCAGAGGAAGCACAAAUUUUGUUCAAGUCAACCCUUUGGGGCUGAAAAAAAUGUAGAGUCUGUUCCAGCCUUAGUAUGUCUGAAAGAGGUUUGCCUGUGACAACAUCCAUAAAUGCAGACAUCAGUUCCCUUCAUGAAAACACAUGAUCCUCUGUUAGCACACCCUGUCUUGUUCAUGUUUAUUUAAUGGGUCUAUCCAAACAGUUUUAGUCAUACUCUCUUCCAGCUAAAUUGAAUAGGGGAGGAAAAAUUCUGAACACACAUCAUGUGGAAACUAAUGACGGGCAAGUCUGAGUCUUGGCUUGAAAAGGGAAGAGAAGAGGUGAGUUUAUAAUCCUAGUGAUCUCUGUGUGGGAGCUGGCUACCUGUUCCUGCUAGGAGUUUAGUCCUGCCAUAAGUGUUCUUCUGGCAGCAAUUUACUUUUAGUAGUUGUGGGUAGUGCUGAGCCAGGGUAAUGCUUUAAUGGCAGAUGGUAACCUUUGCUUAAGGCUCAGGCACAUGCUUCUGGAUUCUUACUCCUCCUUUUUGCCUUUACAGUGUCCUUGAAUUUACAUCCCAAACCUGAAUAGAGUCUGGCAAACUCAUUGCAAAGAUCCUGUUGAUUUAUAUUGGCUCUUUGGAUGUUAAUAGUUAAAAAAUUAUGACUGCACAGGCCAAGAUUUGCUUGGACUUGUGAUGUUUUCCCUUGGCUACUUAACAAGAGAAUGCAUGUGGUCCAUCUCCACACUUAAUUCAACAAUAUAUAUUUACUCUUAGCUUUGAUAUAAAGUAAUGCUAAAGUCUCCUUUUUUCUUGCUCCUGUCUUGCUUCAGAGGAAUCUAUCUUGGAAAGAUAUCAGCACUAGGAAGAGGCAAUUCCAAUUGCAUAGCAGCAAACCUUCCUUUGCAAAGCAUCCCUUCUGGUAAAGGGACACAAUGAAUUUUGCAGAAAGAUGCUCAGAGAUGCGUACAUCAUGACUGGCUGUGCACUGGAGCCAUGCAGACAAUCCAAGUAGGAAAGGAUUAGUCAGCCCACUGGGAAACUGCAGGUGGAGUUUCUUUUUAACCAGUUUAUUUUUAAUCAUGUCCACAGAAUGUGGUCAUUCCUUGGCUUAUCUUCAAAAUGGAAGGAGACAAACACAAUUCUGUAGGGAUGUCUUUUGCCCAACAGAUCAACUUUGCAUUUCUUCCUGUUAGAAUCAUCCCGACUCCUUUCAACUCAGGAAACCAAAAGCACAUUUUUAAGUCUAAAUAUCUCUUUGAAAUAUCUAAAUGCACCAAAACACCAGGUACUUUGAUUUUAAAAUAGUAUAAGGAUGUCUCAAGGAAGCUGAAAAUCCUGACUGUCCCCUGUGGGCUGUGUUCUGUAGUUGGAUUUUAUCCCUCAUCAGAUGUUUAGCUCCUGUGCUUUUGUGAGACCCCCUGGAGUACUGUGUACAGUUCUGGUGUUCCCAAUGUAAGGACAUGGAACUGUUGGAGCAAGUCCAGAGGAGGGCCAUGAAGAGGAUGGGACCACAUCCACUGCAAAUACAGGCUGACAGAGUGGGGGCUGUUCAGCCCAGAGAAGAGAAGGUUCCACUGCAGCCUUCCAGUAUCUGAAGGGACCUACAGAGAAGCCAGAGAGGGGCUUUGUCAAGAACUGUAGUGAUGGGACAAAGAGCAGUGGGUACAAACUAAAAGAGAUGAAAUUUAUGCUAGAUAUUAAUUAAUUUUUUUUUUUACAGUGGGGGUGGUGAGACAUUGGAACAGGCUGCCCAGGGAGGUUGUGGAUACCCCAACCCUGACAGUGUUCAAAGCCAGGCUGGAUAAGGCCUUGAGUAACCUGGUCUGUCCCUGCACAUGUCAGGGGGAUUGGAACUGAGUGAUAUUUAAAGUCCAUUCCAACCCCUCAACCUUCUGUGGUUCUGUGAUUCUCUCCCUCACUGUGACACAUGCAGCUAGGAUCAGGACUUGAGGGCAGCACUAAAAUAACAAUUCAUGAAGCAUCACAGCACCAUUUCAAAGAAGAACACAUCUAAAUUUUUAUUUUAUUUUAUUUUUUUACCCACAGGUAAAAGCACUGCCCUGGGCAAACCCAAAGGCUGGGCUUCCUUGCAAGUCAGCACUUUGCCAUUGCCGAAUGAUCCUUCUUCCCUAUGGUGCUGCAGCCAGAGCGUGCCUUUUCCUUUUAGCAGCAUCCUAUAGGCUGUGGCACAUUGUUCCUGACAGGGGAUGGAAAAUUAAAGCAAAUACCCCAGUAUUGGUAUUUUCCAAUAGCAAUGUAAAAGCUCAGAGUCUUCACUGAACACUUCUCCAGUCCCCACUAGUGGAUUGCCAUGUUUUGCAUCAUGUGAAUGUCUAGUCCCAGGUAAAGCUUGUUAGAGCAGUUGGAUUUAAGGAGGUCUGAUCAUUCUCAUAGCAGGAAUUUAAUCAAGGAAAUCUGACAUUCCUUCUCUUGGAAACAGAUAUCAUAGGAUUUAUAUGAACCAUGAGUAUUCAGCUCUUAACCUGCCAGAAAUCUGUAGUUUUACAGAAGCUCUACUUUAGACUUAAAAAUAUGCCAGUUCUUUUGUUGUUUGUGCAGAACAAGAGGGAUCUAUGGAAGCAGGGUGCUGCUUGUCAGAAUAUCUUGUUGGCCAUUUUUUUUAUCAUUUGUGUCAGAAUUUACGUUUCUUAUUUUUUUUUGUGUUGUUCCCAUUCCUCACAAUAGCUGUGAUGCAUUCUAGAACUCUCUACCUGGAUUGUUUUCUUAAGGAAGGAAUAUGAGAGAUCCAAUAUUGCCCUCUUUCUUUCAGACUGUAAAAAAUUACACAUUCCAACAACUGCCACUGUAACAAUGUGCAUCCUAGUGGAAAGCCUGAUGAAAUAGAAGACUUGCCAUUUGCUUUAAAUGGUCAGGGUCUUCAAGAAAGGCCACUGAGAGAAAAAUGAGAGGGAAGUUGAGGGAUAUGCAUUUGAGAUGCUGUUCUUGACCUGCAGUGUAAAUGUGUUACACUGGGAGCUUCCUGUUCCAGGAGGCUGUGAGCUGAGAAGGCUCCAGGAGCCUUGCAGGUGCAGCCAGGGGUACCUGCUCUGCUCUGCUCUGCUCUUAGCCAGGCACUCCACAAAUCUGGUGCCAAGUGUGGUACUUAACUCCAAUGUCUCUUGACUGGACAUACAUUUCUGUUCUCCUGACACAGCUGUAAGUUGGAAACCUGUAGUCAAUUGUGUUUUUUGGGUUUUUUUAAGAGGAAUGAAGUUCCUCUUAAAUAGAAGAAAUACAAAACACUACUUUUCUAUUUGAUUUUAGGUUGGAUUUUUCGUUGUUUUUGUCUUUUUUCUGGAAGGUACAAGUUCUCUCCUCAGCUCAUGUCCUACCCUCUUUUGAGAGAAGUAUAUGGAAAUCACAUGGUAUGUUUCUUGGGGUGUCCUGUGCAAAGCCAGGAGUUAGACUCAAUGAUCCUCAUGGGUCUCUUCCAACUCAGUGGAUUCUAUGUUUCUAUGAAAUACUGAAGAGUUUGCAAGCCUUUUUUCAGUGAAGUUUCUUUGACCAUUUUGAACCAUCUUUUAUUUCUUCUGUAGGAAUGACAUUUCACUCCGUGCUUCAUCACUGCCUCCUGGAAUACUCUAUGCUCUUUUUAUGUUUCAGUGCCUCAGGAAUAAAUGGAAGAAUGCAGAGAGUUUUGAGAGCUCCAUUUUGCAUUCUGCCUUGCUCCUGCCCUGAACUCAGCAGAGGUUCGUGAGCCUUGGUAAUUCAGAGUUGCUCCGAGAGUUCAGAGCAGUAUGUGUCACUCACAUUGAGAAAGGUGCGUGUUCUGUGCUUUGACAUGUGGCUGUAGCCUGAAAAACUGUAGUGGGCAGUGGAAGGUGCCAGGACUUGACUCUUCUUGGGUAUUUUCAGUAAAGAUCUUGUAUUCCUACAAGCUUUAGCUGAGUCUUGGUGUUGGUAAUUGCACUACAGGACUUGGUAAUUGCAAAGAACUUCAAACUCUUCUGGGGACGUCCCUUGCAGUCAGGAUGGCUUUUGUGUUGAGAAUGGACUAGAGCCAAUCCCAGGGCUUCCCCUGCUGGGAUGUGACAAACAGGACUGUGUCCUUCAGAUAUCAGAGAUGUGGAGCCAGCCAAAGUACCACAUCAAUUGGUGAAACAAUCUCUGCUUUGUCUUUUCUGGUUAGUCCUGAGGAGGCAAUGGCCCUGAGCUAGAGAUGGUGAGAGAUUGGAGGGGAGGGUGUGAGGGGUAGGAAGGUUUUCCUGGUGCUUGCUCUGUUCCCAUACUCUUCCCUGGGCAUUUGCUGUGGCUGGUGCCAGGUGUGGACAUGACCCAGUGUCACCAUUCCUAUUCUCCUGUGGUUCCUCUUUAUUUUGCAGCAAGAACAAUGAAAUCUGAGGUAUUUAGGCAGUUCUUCUUUCAGUCAAGUCAAAGUCCCUGUAAUCUCUGUGACUGAGCACCCAGCCACAUGUUGUAGGUUGUGUCCUCAAGAGCCUGCAAAAGGGACAAAACCACCACCUCUUCUGCAAAGAUUUGGAGCAUUGGUCAACAGUCCAGGCUAAAUCUGCACUCUGGUCCUCUGCUAACACAGUGCAUUUCUGCAGCCACUGUAAAGGAUCAUCCUGUUGGAAAUGAUAAUUUUUAAUCCUGACCCUCCCACAGGCAGUGAGCAGUGGGCCUCAGUCAAAAGACCAACAUACAAACUCUCACCAAAGAAAAAUUGUCACAUCUAGAUUGAUUUAACAGAGCCUUGGCAGUUCAUGAUCACAGAGCUGCCUGUAAUGACUGAUCUGGUGACAGAUAAACAGCACAGAAUUAGGCAGAUUGCCUUAGUCCUAUACCUGUGCUUCCUUUUCUGUAAAUCAGUUUACAGAUAUUUACGUGUCUCUCACAGGCUGUAGUGUGGAAGAUAGUUGCAAUGUUUAGAAAGCACUCUUAAGACACAGAGCAGUAAAGCUUGAAGAGUAAUGAACUUCUCAAAAAUCUGAAAGGAAUCAAAUAAUGAAAGUAUGCAGAGUUGCAUUGUGCUAGAGGAGGAAUGACUGAUGGAAAGGAGAUCAGGUGGCUGCAUUUUCUGGGUAAUUCAGGGGGAGCAGGGGAGCUAGUGUCAGUGUGAGGUGCAGUUCAGAAAAUGGAUGUGACUUAGUCAAGGACAACACAGUGCCCUGUUCUAUCUUCUGCCUCUUUCCAUCUCCACCUGCCAUGCCAUGAAAGCUUAGGCUCAGGUAAAUUACCAGACAUCACCAUGGAUUCAACAUCUAAACUGGGAGUCUUGACAGCUUAGUUCCUGACUAGUUUCAGUGGGAGAAAGAGCUUUUCAGCUCAAAGAACAAGUUGUCUUGUUGUCAGCAUGAGUGACAAAGGUGGAGAAAAAGAAGGAAGGGCUGGAAGGCUGCAGGAGCACCAUCACAGAAGACAGGGUAAGCAAGAGGAUAAAGAAGCAUCUUUCCUUGGCAUUUUGAUAUGGAUAGGAUCAAAGAGGCUGCAGGCAUUUGUCUGGCAUGUAGCAGAGACAACACAAAUCCCUGCCUGCUGCUUGGGCGGGAUUUGCAGGGAGAGGCAGGAGUGCUGAAGUUUCUGAAGUGCAACAAGGCAGCACGCAGAGGGCCAGCGUGGAGCUCUGAUAAGCUGCUGCUGGCUGCUGGCCAUGACCAGAGGAACAGCAGUACAGUUCUGGAUCAGGGAUUGACCCACAUUCCUCCUUGCAGGAUAGCUAGGACAAAUGCUCCUCAGAUAAAUUCGUGGAGACCAUUAUUCUCCGAGGACAAAGACCAACUUGUUAUCUGUGGGAGCAUAUUGAUGAAAGCCAUGCUCACUUGCUGCUUCAGUUUCUGGCAGGAGGGAAAAGGGUUUGACAAAUGAUCUAAAACUUUUUCCAGGCAUUGGGCAACACAUUGAGACAGUUGCCCCUGAAUAUUUUAACUCUGACAAUAAGUGAUCAAGAGCCUUAUUUGGCUCCCGUAGGUCUUCACAUCUGAGCACUGUCUUGGGAAGUUAAUGUUAACACAGAAUUUGUUCUCUGCAUGGGGUCUUUACAGACAUUUGUGACCAGCAGGCAUCAGUUCACAGCUGCACAAGUGAAUGAAUACAGAAAAAGGUGAAAGAACUCUCUCUUGAGUCACAUGAAAAGUUGCCAAGCCAGCUAGGAGCAGAUUCUGAGUCCCAAAGCCAGGUUCAUUGUUAGCUAACAAUUAUCACCUCCUUAAAAAAAUCCACAUCUGAGGGUUUAUAAAUAUAUUUGAUUCUGUAUGGAUUUUAAGAGGAAAAGAAAAAAAAUCUUUUAUUCAAGAGUUCACAGUGUGGUUACUUAUCAAAUUAUAUCUCAGUGUCAGCAGAUGCAUCAUCCUUAAGAGUUAGGAAAUCUCAUUUGUAUUUAACCUCAGAUCUUGGUGCCAGCAGGAGGUGAGGACUGUGGACAUUUCAACAGGCCAACAGCCCUUAUGUAAAACCCUACUCAAGAAACAUUUAUACUUUUCUCCCAAGGCCACAAAUGUUGCUUGUAAGGCAAGCAGAGCUACCAACAGGACCCAGCAUGGAGAAAUGGAUUUUGAGCCAACUCUGUUGUAAUGCAAAGUUAACGGUGUGGUUUUAAGCCACAAAGACCAAGAAAUUUGGUAUUAGAUGUUCCUUAGGAUAGCUUUCACUUGCUCCUUCUGGUAAAACAACACUGAGAAAGUAAUGCUCUUCCUUGCCAAGCAUGUAUUUAGUAACUGAAACUAAACUGCAUAUGGCAUCUGUGUGCGACUUAAUUGUAGUUACAUGUUGCAGAAAGAAAUGACUAAGGGAACUCUACUCUCAAGGAAUUGUUUAUACAUCUGAAGCCCACAGAAAGAGUUGUGCUUAACCAUAAAAAAAUACUCCAGAUAUUAACUGGUUUGGAUUGUAGCUUUUUAAGAACCAGAAGGAAUGCCACUAAAAGGACAGGCAGAGCCUUCACUGAUCUGCAUUGAUGUAAUUUCCUGAGCUUUCCAUGGUUUCUGGAUUUCUGAUGGAGAUACCUCCACAGCAGCAUAGAGGAAUGGUCUGGGCCUUUAAAGAUGAUCAUUAUCAGCAAAGCAGCAGUAAAGCAAUGCUUUUAAAACUUCUUUGCUGUAACUAAAGGUAUUUUACUUAUUCUUAUGAUGUGGUGCCUCUAAUAAAAAAGCGUUUUCCUAGUGGUUGGUGUUGAUGCAGAAGGCAACUUCCUCAUGUUUUGUUCAGUUUACCUUCUCCAUAUCCCUCCUGCAGAGACUGUUGUGUUCCUUGGAGUCUGCCCAGAUCCCAGCAGGAUCAGGCUCCUAUAGUACAUAGAUCAAACUUAAAGAUAUUCUGGCCCCAUGUGAGGACAGGGAGUGUUUCCUGCCCUUUAGGAGGGGACAGAGAUGUGGUUUCAGCUUUGGAGAGUGUCUGGACUGAACAGACCCUGCUUCAUUAAAGCAAUACUUUAAUGACAUUUUACACUAAAUUAGUCAAAUAAUUAUGACCAAGGUGGCCCAGCCAUCACUGCCUCCUUGCUCUGCUCCACAGCAGAUGUUCUGUUGACUUGUCUUCCCUGAAGGCCACUGUGGAGGUGAUGUGUUUGCCAUCCAUGAGAAUUCCAUUCUUUUAAGAACGCAGUCUUAUUUAGACAUCCUCAGUUAUUAUCCUGUCUGCACUCUCGUAAGGUGGUGCUGUAUGGGAUGGAGACCAUGUGUAGCACUGCAAGUAGCUGAGCAAACCUCUGCUCCUCAACUGCUUCUUGGUUACAGCAAACUGAGACUGACUCACACUCCGUGAGGAUGAAGACUUUGAUUAGAUUUUGAUUAAUCCCUCAGAUUCAGGGAUAGCAGGACCACCCCUGCACAUGAGGAGUCCCCUUCUGCCUUACUAUCCUUAAAGGUGCCUUGUCCUGGUUCUCUUCAGGACAAAUUCCAAGUUGCUGUUUGGCUUUCAAUAUUACUAUGCACCAAAGCUGAAAGACUCCAUUAUCCCUGGAGACAGGAGGGAGAAUGUGAUGUCCUAGUGUGAGACAAGGAAAAUGGUUUUCUUUUCUUUAUCCUGUGAGCUCUCUGGCAGCAAUCCUGCAGUGUGUAUGUGUGUGUGUGCUUUUAUUUCUACCUGAACACAAAUUGCUCUAAUUAGGAGGGAGGAUUAUUGUAUUUUUAUAUGCUAAACCAUUUGAUUAAUUACUUUAAUAAAAAGAAAGAUGAACUCUGAAAUUCACUGUCAUCCACUCCAGUACAAUCCAGUAUCACUGAUAUACAAAGGUAUCUGCCUUCAGGUCAGAACCUUGUGCUUAGAGUAACCACUCCAUUGAGGAAGUGUCUGUGCCAUGUGGGUGUGUUGAUCCUUUUGUGCAUCAGUAGCUGUUCCUCUUUUAAAGCUGUGGGUUUCACCCAUGUGACUCUGCAUCAGCCUUUCCGUUGUCUCCCAAAGACAAAUGUACGUGCACAUAUGCAAAAAAAAGACCAUACUGCUGUGUCUGGGGGUGUGUGACCCUGGGGCAGAUGUUACAGAUGUUUGUUGUGUGCUGUACCCUUUGGAGUAAGAGCUCCCUGCCUACCUGGGGAGCAGCCAGUCCUGUGGCUCGGGUUGGGAUGGUUGGUUGUAUUAGGAGGGUGACACAAUGGGAUACUCUUUUUUUUUUUUCCCCUUCUCUCAUGGAAAUGUAUAUUUGUUCUCUCUUUGUGUAGCUUCUCAAACUAAAAUAAACACCACCCCAAACAGAA